GGCAGUGCAUGCGGAGAUAGGUGAGCGGCAGUCAAGAUGAAUGCUGUGUCUGUUGUCACCCACCUUAGGGACCUGGCCUCUGAUCCACUAAAUAGAACAAGCAUUGUAAGGGAUAAGAGUUGCCUUGCUGGUCUCAUCCUCUUUCUGAGUCAUCAAGAUGAGUAUGUGGUGGAGUCUGCUUUAAAGGCAUUGAUCUAUCUUUGUGAGGAUCCUGCUCAUUGUGGAAUAAUCAGGAACGAGCUUGGCAUGAUGGAGAGUCUCGAAAACUUAAAAAAUAGGUAUGACAUUGAUGAUGAAGUAAAACAACUUGGAAGACGUAUUCAGAUUUUAUUGAAUCCCCCAGCCCAUAUGCAUACUCCAGAAACAAACGGCAAGAAAAAUAAACCAUGCUUCUUUGCAACAAGUUGUAACAAAAGAGCUAAAACUGUAACUCUGUAUAUCCAUGGACUUUGUGAUGCAGAGAAGAAGCAUCUAUGUGAAGAAGCACUGCUGAAAGUGAAAGGUGUAAUAAGCUUUACAUUUCAAAUAGCCAUGCAGAGGUGCACUGUUAGGGUAAAACCAGACCUGGAAACUGAGUGUUUAGCAUCUGCAAUAGCUGAAACAAGAGUGCUGAGGGCACAGCAGGUUAUAAGAAGUGAAUCUGGGAAUGAGAUUUAUGUUCCACUCCAUGAAAUGAAUGUGACGGUUGAGAAGAACUUAUGCUUGCCAGACUAUUUGCCUGAAGAGGUCAGCCCUCAAAAAGACCUUGAUAAAGCUGUGAUACCCACUGGGUCAAAGAAUGAUUGUCAAGGAAGCUGGAUUAAUGCUGCAACUAAUUUUCUUUCAAAAACAUUUUUCUGGUGAUUUUACAAAUGAAUAUAGAGCAAAUGUAAAUAUGUAAGAUUUUACUGUAUGUCUCUUUAUAUGUUUAAACACUAAAAUCAACUGUAAAAAUAUUUUUGUUUUUUUAAAGUGUCCUCCAUAUUGGAAAAGAAAGUAAUAGACAUCAUUAAAGAAGAAUUUGUUUCAUAUGUAUGUAUGUAUGCAUUUAUUCACAAGAAAGCAAUUAAAUAUUCACAACUUGUAAGCAGUAGAAAAGAUGUGUUACAGGUCCAUAUUAAGUGUUCUUUAUUUAUUGUCCCUUUUAAAUAUUGCUUCACAUCUUGGGAAUCUAUAGACACAGAGUACUUUAUACUAAAGUAUAUAAAACUGACAGUUAAUCUUUCUGACAUGUAUUCUAUGUGCAAUAAGAGAGAAGAAAACUUCACAAUUUAAGAAAAGCCUUUUUACUGAUUAAGAUUAAGAAUAUGAGACAAGAGUUUAAAUAUUGCACCCUAGCGGAGUGGGGUUUUUCUAAGACAACAAUUGUAGUGGAUGGAAGAAACAUGGGAGCUACAAGGCAUUUAAGAAUAAGAGUGUCCUAAAGGAAGCUUGUUUAUCAUACACAGACACUACAUACAUGCAUUUUUUUCUUUCUUUGAGGUUUAAAUACAGCUAUAUAUAUAUAUAUAACCAUACAAACAUAAUGUACAGGUACAUAUACUCUCCCUCCCUCUCCCUCUAAUGAACCAUGGGGAGCUAAUAUUUAGGGGUCUUACAAAUGGACAUUUUAUCUCAUGUCAGUUCAAAUGCUUGUUGAACUAAUUUUAUUUUAAUACACGAGUAAGCAUGUUAUGAGGUCAAUAUGCAUUAGAUCAUGUUGUGCAUACAUUGUAUGUGCUUAGACUCAGAACAGUAACUUGUGAGAAGGUUUACUGGUGAAUCCCACUGGAAUAAAACGCUUGCGCAUGUGCAGUAGAGUGAAAAGCCAAACUUUACCAAGAAAGUCGGCUUAUCACUCUACUGCGCAUGCGCCAGCCCAGGGAUUUCUCCAGCAGAAGAAGGAGGAAGCGCUCGCUCAAGGUACCCCGGGCUGGUGUUGUUUUCUCCUAACAGGGGCACCAGCCCGGGGUACAAGGUAAGCGACUAACAUUUUGGCACCCCCAAGUGACUUAGCCUUUCCUUCUCCUUUUAAAGAAAGAUAGCAGUAUUUGUUCUUGAGAGAUCUAUUGAUUAUAUCUUAGCCCCAUGAGAUGUGAUUUUCAUAUGUGUUUGGGACCAUGGUGCACGGAGAUAACUGUCCUUUUUGUAUAGUAGAUACGUUUUUUGAAGUUUGAAUAUGUGUAUGAUUGAUUUGUGCACCAAAUAUGUGUGAUACUGCCGACUACUUGCAUUACUAUGUUGUUUAUUUAGGGUCACAAAAGUAUCAGGUGGAUUACUCCUAAGUACUUAUUAGAACUGAUUGUCAUGGCAGUACUGUAUUUUUACUUCCUACUAUAGAUGCAGACCUUUAGAUAUAUUUAUAUUUACAUAUGUGGGCAGAUAAAAUGGAACAAACAUUACCAAUUUUAACAUUAUAUUAUUCUAUGUCAAACAUGUAUUUAUAAAGCUAUGUAAUGAUGUUAGGGAAUCAGAGACUGACUACAAAAUCUAAUUCUACCUCAUGACUAAAGAUCUAUGUGUAUGUAUGUAAAUAUAUUAGGAUAUUAUGUCUAAGCAUAAUACUUUAAAAAGUACAAUUCAUAAUAUUUUCUAUGUAUUUUUACACUGACAAACUACAGUUCCUAUCACUAGGUGGUGUAAGAAUAUCACAAAUAUAAUGUUUGCAUGUCUUUCUAUAUCUCUAUUAGCAGCUUAAGGAAAAAAUAACGACAACAUAUAGGGGUUGAAUUACCAUCUAUCUAAAGUGGUACUAACGCAAACUGAUUAAAAUUAUUUUUAAUUGUUUAAAAUUACCAGAUAUUUCCCGCCCCGAUACAGUUAAUUUUAGUGUGGAAAAUAAUUGUCCAGUUUGUUACUAUUUGCAUUAGUAAAUAACAAUUAGGAUAGUUGUGCAUGGACACCCUGUCUAAUGAACUAGUACAUAUAUACUUAAAUACCUGCCUUUAAUAAAGGUGAACUAGAUUAAACUGUGGAUUCCUCUACUAAAGACAGCAUCUACAUUUUUAAAAUUUGAAUAAAACCAAAAAUGGCGAAUCCUUA